GUGAAACUAGGAGAAAACGUGUUCAUUUGUAAUUAUUUCUUACAUUACGGAUACAUUCUUAUUAAAAUUGUUAUUGUUAGAUGUAAAGAGUCCGUAUCCCGUGUGGAACACUAGGUUCAUAGAGAAUUUCGUAAAUAUAUUAGACUUUAGUCAAUAUGAUAUCGGCUAUCAUAGUAAAGACUGAGAACUACGAGACAGAAAAACAAACUGAGAUUGACCAUUCAGAAAAGCAUCAGGUAUCCUUAAACGAGCAUGUUAACAAGGAGAACAAAAACACAGUGAAUGAUGCUACACCAGUUCCAGAGACAAGUAAAGAUAGAAAGAAGCUUCGCAGUGGAAAGUAUAUAAGUACAGAUGUUACAAGUUUCCAAAGAGUCCAUGGAAAUGUCACCAAAAAUGCAACACCUCAACAAAAGACACAGUCUAAGAAACCUAUUAAAAGAAAAAGCAAUGUGGCUGAAGAAUUGGAAGCGAAGGCACCUAUGUUGGAGCUGAACGAAGAAAAACAAAUGAAUCAUAUUAAGUCUGAAAAUGAAUUGCAUCAGGAACAGAUAGAAUUAGGCGAUGACUCUGAGAACAACACUCUUAAAAAGAUUAAAAUAGAGAGUUGUAACGUAAAUGGAAAUGAACCCAAACCAAUGCAUCAGAAACCUGUUAGUGUUCACCAAAAGUGUGAAUAUUGUUGUCAGAAGUUAAAUAAUCCUGACUUAAAGAUAUAUCCAGGUCAUCCGAAUGGGGCAGUGGAAGAAAUCAUUGCAUUGACAGAUCCUAAAUUAUCUUUAUUCACAGGAGAAGAAGCCACAGUUUAUGAGGGCGAUGAGAGACCACAGAAUAAAUUAACUGACUUUUGCGUUUAUGACAAGAACGGGCAUUUGUGUGCUUUUGAUACUGGCCUGAUUGAAAAGAAUAUAGUACUUUAUUUUUCUGGUUACAUGAAACCUAUUUAUGAGGAAAAUGCAUGUCCAGCAGGAGGUGUGCCUACUAAAGAUAUGGGACCAAUAAACGAGUGGUGGGUGGCUGGUUUUGAUGGUGGUGAACUAGCACUUAUAGGAUUUACUACAGCAUUUGCAGAAUAUAUAUUGAUGGACCCCGCUGAAGCAUAUACACCAUUCAUGGAUUCAGUGAAAGAAAAGAUUUAUAUGAGCAAGAUAGUUAUAGAAUUGUUAUUGGACGAGGUUAAUCCUACUUAUGAAGAUUUAUUGAACAAGUUACAGACUAUAGUUCCACCAAAGGGAUUGUCCAGAUUUACAGAAGAUUCCUUAUUAAGAUAUGCUCAGUUUGUCUGUGAUCAAGUUAUUUCGUUUGAUGCAUCAGCAAGACCGGAAGAUCCUUUAUUAAUUACAAGUUCAUGUAUGCGUGCGUUAAUAACACUUGCAGGUGUAACGUUAAACAAAAGAAUUGCAUUGCGCAGAACACAGCCGAGAGACCAAAAGAAUAAGAAAAGUGUCUGGACAAAAGCUACAACUACAAAAUUAGUUAAUAAUAUGUUCGAAACAUUCUUCUCUGACCAAUUGGCCACAAACAAUGAAAAAGAAGUCUCUGGUCCUAAGAGGCAUAGAUGUGGAAUAUGUGAAACUUGCCAGCAACCUGAUUGUGGAGUAUGUUCUGCUUGUAAAGAUAUGAUCAAGUUCGGCGGAUCUGGAAAGAGUAAACAAGCUUGUAAUAGGAGAAGAUGCCCAAACAUGGCUAUUCAAGAAGCCAAUGAUUCAGAUCAAGAAGAUGAUGAGUUUAACGACGCAUUAAUAGAAAACACAAAAAUUACACAGAAAAUGAUUUUGAAAGAAUUCAAACACGUUGAAAAGGAAAUCACAUGGGUAGGGGAACCAGUUAUAGACGAUGGACGAAGAACAUUUUAUAAAUCGGUUAUGGUUAUCGAUGAAGAGAUAAAAAUAAAUGAUUACGUACUGAUCGAAUCGAAUGAUCCUACCGUACCACUACAAAUAGCUAAAGUCAUGUAUAUGUGGGAAGAUAAGAACGGGGCGAAAUUGUGCCACGCGAAUUGGUUCAGAAGAGGCAGUGAUACAGUGCUUGGAGAAACAUCAGAUCCAUUGGAAUUAUUCGUACUCGACGAAUGCGACAAUGUACCAUUUACGUCAGUGAAAUCUAAAGCUACCGUUAUUUAUAAAGCCAGUCCAAAGAAUUGGAGUGAAUUAGGAAAUGCAGACUUAUUACCAGAAGAUAAAAUACAAAAUAAAGAUGGAAGGACUUACUUUUACCAAAAACGGUAUACCCCUGAAACAGCUCGUUUCGAAGAUCCCUCUCCGGAUCCUGCCUGUCAACGGAAAGAAGUUAGUCAUCGAUUUUGCCCUGCUUGUGUGCGUUUCACAAUGUUACAGUGUUAUUAUACACCAAAGGUCUUCGAUAAAGAAGAAGAGAAAAACAGCAAGGAAGUGACAUAUGCUGUUAUAAAAUACAAAGGUGAAGAAUUCAGAGUUGGUUCUGCCGUAUUUUUAUCACCUGGAGCUUUGAAAUACAAAUACACAUCUACAUAUCACAGUAUUUCAAAGACAAAGAAAGGAAAGGUAGAUGAGGAUAUGUAUCCCGAAUACUACAGAAAGUCUUCAGAUCAUGUGAAGGGAUCAAACUACGAUACGCCUGAACCAUUUCAUAUUGGUUACAUUAACGCAAUAUACGCGAAAACUAAUAACAAAUUAGUUGCUUCGUCAGAUAUAUGGAUUAAGAUAAAUAAAAUGUAUCGACCAGAGAAUACACACAAAGGACUUACGCUAAUGCAACAGGUUGAUCUGAACAUGGUGUAUUGGAGUGAUGAAGUUUGCGAUGUAAAGUUUUCUGAAGUAACAGGUAAAUGUUACCUGGCAUAUUCAGAGAACUUGGAUCAGUCUGAACAGGAGUGGACGGUAGGUGGUCCAAAUCGUUUUUAUUUUUCUCAAGCUUAUAACGCUUCCGAAAAGGCAUUCGUUGAUCCACCAAAUCACGCUAUGGGUAUCGGUAAACCUGGAAAGGGAAAGGGGAAAUCAAAGUGCAAAAAUAAGAAUUUUGAGAACAGAGACGCUAAGAAGACAAUUGAUAAAGCAAUAGAUUAUUAUGUUGUUCCCGAAAAAUUGAAAACAUUAGAUGUAUUUGCUGGCUGUGGUGGAUUGUCUGAGGGAUUACGACAAGCUGGUAUCGUAGACAAUCGUUGGGCAAUUGAAAGAGAAGAAUCGGCUGCAUGCGCGUAUCGACUCAAUAAUCCUAAUACAACUGUAUUUUGCGAGGAUUGCAAUGUACUUCUGCGAAAAGUUAUGAAUGGUGAUGUUUGCGAUGAUAGUGGUCAACGUUUACCUCAAAAAGGGGAAGUAGAAUUAUUAUGCGGUGGACCACCAUGCCAAGGUUUUAGCGGCAUGAACCGUUUUAAUUCACGACAGUAUUCGUUAUUUAAGAACUCCUUGGUAGUUUCGUGUUUGUCUUAUUGUGAUUAUUAUAGACCAAAAUACUUUAUCAUGGAAAAUGUUCGAAACUUUGUUUCCUUUAAGAGAAGUAUGGUACUAAAAUUGACAUUGAGAUGUCUCGUACAAAUGGGUUACCAAUGUACAUUUGGUAUUCUGCAAGCUGGAAACUAUGGUAUUCCCCAAACUAGAAGAAGACUAAUAAUAUUAGCUGCUGCACCUGGAGAAACACUGCCAAAAUACCCGGAACCAACCCAUGUGUUCAGCAAACGGGCAUGUCAAUUAAGCGUUAUUGUUGAUAAUAAAAAGUAUUCAUCUAAUUGUGAUUGGACUCAGUCGGCACCGUAUAGAACGAUCAGUGUCCGCGACGCUAUGUCUGAUUUACCUAAUAUUCGAAACGGUUGGAAUAAGGAAGACAUGGCCUAUGGAGAUGAACCAAUCUCUCACUUUCAAAGAAAAGUAAGGCCGAAAGAAUCCGAUGCUAUACUACGAGAUCACAUUUGCAAAGACAUGGCCCCUCUAGUCGAGGCGCGAAUAGCACACAUUCCAACCGCAAGUGGAUCUGAUUGGCGAGAUUUACCAAACAUUGCGGUACGUUUGAGUGAUGGGACGUUCUCGAAGAAGCUAGAAUAUACUUAUCACGAUAAAAAGACUGGUAAGAGUUCCACUGGAGCAUUUCGUGGUGUAUGCAGCUGUUGUGCAGGCAAACCUUGCGACUCAAUGGAUAGACAGUACAAUACUUUAAUUCCAUGGUGUUUACCUCAUACCGGAAAUCGUCAUAAUCACUGGGCGGGAUUAUACGGUAGAUUAGAGUGGGAUGGAUUCUUCGGUACAACCAUUACCAAUCCUGAACCUAUGGGCAAACAAGGUCGUGUUUUACAUCCGGAACAAACCAGAGUUGUAAGCGUGAGAGAAUGCGCUAGAUCACAAGGCUUUCCUGAUUCGUUCCGCUUUUAUGGAAACAUACUUGACAAGCAUCGCCAAAUCGGCAACGCCGUCCCGCCGCCAUUAGGCGCUGCUCUUGGUUUUGAAAUUAGAAAAUGCUUAGCAACCGAGAACAACGAGCAAUUAGAGAAAAAGCUAGAUUUCAGCGACUGAUAACAAUGUUAAAAGCAAUGAUAUUUAUGACGGACUAUUCUAUUGAAUCUUAACGGUAGCACAAUAUGUUAUAGAUGUCUUUUCUUUUUUUUAUCUCGGUACAUGAAUUUACCAAUAUGUGUCCAUUAAGAGUAUGUAGAUGCUUCCUUAUACCAUUUACGUAACCAAAAGUAUUAUGGGAUGGUGCAACAUUUAUUUUCAUGUGCAGCACUCAACAGCGAGAAUCAGUAUUUUAAAUUGCUUUUAAAAUAUUGAACACAUACGUACACAUGUAUGUACUUGUCGGGAACUAUUACAUGGGAGAACUCGUUCGUAACAAUUAUUAUACUAUAUGUAUAUAUUGUACCUUUUUACAGUUGUGUUAAAAAUAAAAUUGUUUAUCGACAUAGUUUUAGAAGAGAGAUAAUG